AUGAAAUCCCUCACUCUCUCCCUCGCAACCACCAUCCUCCUGGCAACCGGCCCCUUGGCCACCGCAAAGACCUACACGACUAACAUCCCCGUCAAGGAAAUCUCUGGCACCUGGACCAUCGUCGGCAACUCGAUCACCUGGACGGAGGACGGCUUCAAGACCUCCAUCGACUGCGAUGACCAAGCCGGCAACAAAAAGCUCAGCCUCAGCGGCGACAAAAAGUUCGCGGGAUGCUGCCUGUCCGGACAGAGACUCGUCGGGUCCCCGGACACGGCGUUUGACUGCUGCGCCACCGGACAUGAUCUGGCCGGCUCGAAGGACACCGGGUACAUCUGUUGUCCGCAGGGCGAGGUCUACGACGGAGUCGUCUGUAAGGCUGCGGAGCCGGUGUGCCAGAACGGAAAGGUGUUGGUGAAUGGAGAGUGUGUUUGUCCCAAGGGCACAAAGGAGGGAAAGCAUGGAACUUGUGAGGUUGUGAAGUGUGAUUCGGGCCUGCAGACCGGAAAAUGCUACACCUUCACCGGCGAAAACGGCCACCGCCUCGGCUUCGGCGGCAGCUGGUUCAUCACAGAAGCCGAAAGCAUGGCUCUGAAGUCCGGACGCUUCAAGCUCUGCAAAGACGAAGCCUGCAAGGCCGGCGAACCCAUAAGCCCCUCAGACCAGGUCUUCAUCAAGGAUAUCCACGGAAAUCCACGCACGGGAGCGCUGCCCAACCGGUGGUUGAACGCAGCCAUGAACGGCGCGCAUGUUGGCAAGACGGACGUGUUCGCGCAGGCGGGCAAGUUCUCCAUGACCAAGUGGCCGUGUGGAAAGUACUGUCUGGGUGGAUUCGACUAUGGGUUGGGACCGGCUUGUCCGUCUAAUACGCCUGCGUUGACUUUCUUCGAGAAUGAUAAGCAGGCGUGUGUGCCGUUCGACUUUACUGAGGUGCCGUGUGAUGUGAAGGCGGAAGAGAAUAACUGUAUUUGGAAGAGCAGUGAGGAUCAGUGCUGUGGGGGUGUGGUUGAUUGCAAGGGCCGUUAA